AUGAGUGAACAGUCUCAGAGAUCGCGAAAUGAUAUGAAUAAGAUUCGUCCAGUCACGCUCCGACAAAUUGUGAAUGCCACCAGAGCGCACUCUGAUGCUCCGUUUCAUAUUGGCAACGAGCUUGUUCUGGGAGUGGUCACUGUUGCCCAGGUUGUCCGCGUACGCCGUUACGACACGGCGACCUUGCUCGACCUCGAGGAUGGCACAACGGGCGGGAGAAUAUUCGCAAAGCGGUGGCUCAACGGCCAAGACUCCGACGGACUGCCCGACGAAGAGCAGUACUAUGCGCGCAUCGUGGGUACCAUUGUCCGCGGACAUGAAAGCAAGAACACGCUCAGGGUGGAGGGGAUCCAAAGGGUCACCGAUCCCCACCAGUUGUUCCUCCACAUCUUGGAGGCCGCGUUUGUUUCUCUAACUCUCGAACGAGGACCUCCGCCCCUAUCUGUACGACGUAGCGUUGGACCGAGGUUCCUAAGUGGCGAACAAGCAGUUCCUGCACAAUGCGCCCUUCCUAGUGCACCCACUACACCAGCGGUUACCCGAGUUGCUCGGCCCUCCCACGCCUUACAGUCUACGCCCACUCGGCAAGUAGUUACAAGCAGCCCGGCGAUCCCGCCUCGUCCGCCCACGCCUCCCCCACCCGCAGUCCGCCCACACACGCCUCCCGCACCCGUAGUCCAUCCACCGACGCCUCCCCGAUCGCCCUCGCCCCAAUAUGCGACUCCCCCAUCUUCCCCUUCGCCCCCGAGGGCACAAUCGCCUCCGACAUCUCCCUCACCGGCGCCGGCAAGGGCUAGCUCCUCAGCAAUCCAGCAAUCCUCUGAAUCGCGCCGCGUCUCAGGAAUCAAACGCGAUCCAUGGGCACAUCUCAGCGCCCUGGAACGGGCGAUCCUCCUGCAGAUCUUCAAUGCGCCUUCAGACGAGGAAGUGAGCGUGCGCGCGAUUACACGCGGAGUGAGCCACUAUGAAGUCACGCAGGCGGACAUCAGUCACGCCCUGGAUGCUCUGACGGACAAGGGAUUCGUCGAACCCUUGGACAACGAGCACUACAUCAUCAAGACGAACCACUACCCCACCUCAUCCUAA